CAUCAAAAUAUCUGAAAUAAAAAUGUGCGUGUGGAGCAGUGGGAUUUUUCUGCGCUGGUGAGAAGAAAGAAGUACGGAAAAUACGAAAUAAAUUGGAGUUACGCUAAUUCGCAUGAAGAGGAAACAAUCCUUCCUAGAGCUUUUCAGCUUGUCCUUGUGAAUCAGUACCAUUGCUUUGCGUCAUUCGAACGCCGAUCACACCAUGAGAAUAGAUCCCAGUAAUCUGUGAUGCUUUACUUCUUCUAAUCCUGUUUCUUCACUGGGUUUGUUGAGAAGUUUUUAUCGUCUUUGAUAUAAACAAGUUUCUUUCUUUGCAAUUGCUCAUCUGAAAAAUUUGACAAAUUUCAUUGACCCAAGUGAGUAUUCUCAUUUUAUUUGGCCAUUCUAUACAAACCCCUUUAAUUUGGUGAUUGCCCAGUUCUUGAUUUAUUGUCCUUUGUGUUCUAGUUUUUUGGGUUGGCAAAAAAAAAAAAAAGAAAAAACAAAAAUGGGUUUGGGUAUAUCAUUGUUGAUAGGAUUGAAAGCUGUUCUUCUGUUCCUUUUAUUUGCUUUCCUUAGCAGCUUUGGUUUCGCAUUGUUAGCAGUACCAUUCCUGUAUGCUUCUUUGGUGUCUUUGUUGGUUGCAUUAGCAUCCCAUCCAUCCAUUAAUCUUCCAAUGCUUUUGGCCAAGAACUCAGAUGGGAGUUUCCCCAUUUGGUCAAUUGUUUUGUUCAGCCCAUAUUUGUAUUUUGUCCGGGUUUUCUCGACAUUGCGGAGAUUAUUUAGUGGGGAAGCUCCUUAUUCUGAAAUUUCUGAUGGUUUGUAUGUUGGUGGAUGGCCUUCUUCACCUGAUAGAUUGCCCCCUGGUAAUCCUGCCAUUGUUGAUUGUACUUGUGAAUUUCCUAGAAGGUCAGAGUUCUUGGGGCAUGCAUAUUUUUGUAUACCGACGUGGGAUACAAGAGCUUCUCAGCCACAUGAGAUUGAAUCAGCAGUGAAGUGGGCAUGUAGAAAGAGGGAGCAGAAUAGGCCAGUAUUCGUCCACUGUGCAUAUGGUCAUGGAAGAAGUGUUGCUGUAAUGUGUGCACUACUGGUGGCCCUUGGUGUGGUGGAAGAUUGGAAAAAUGCUGAAAAAUUAAUCCAAGAAAGACGACCUUAUAUCCGCAUGAAUGCUCUCCAUCGUAAGGCUCUAGAAGAGUGGUCUAAACACCGGUUAUCUCCUCCUAAGAAGGGUGGAGAAUCAAAAAUAACUUCUGUAAUUUCUUCUGAUGCUUCUCAGUAAGAAGAUUUGUAGGGUAACAAAAAUAGGUCAAUUUAAGGAAAUGACACUCCUGCAGUUAACAUCUAAAUUAUUACUUAACUAACUUAUAUAUUAUUUAUCUACGAAAAACUUGGCAUUUUCUGGCUA